UGUAAGAUGGCGGCGCGGGGGGCGGCCGGGGAGGGGGCCAGUCACGUGGUGGGGAGCAGCGCGCGAGCCUCCUUAAGUGAUCUCUAUGGUUCGUCCGGACGCACUGGAGCAGCGGAGCGCGAGACGGCUCAUGUGUCUGCGCGCGCCGAGCCGACGCCCGGCCGGGUUUCAGUUUUACGGGGUUUUUGUUUCUUUUUUCGCCUCCUGCAGCGCUGUACGGGAUUUCCCCGAAGGGUAUGGGGACCGAGUUGCCGGGAGACUUCCGGGCUCUGUGGUGGUUUGCUCGUGGCGGAGCCCGGGGCCGCCUCCGCGGGAUGCGCCCUGGCAUUCUUGGGCUCGGAAAGCGGGCAGGGCGGCGGGUGCGGUGGCGGCGGCGGGCGGGGGGCGCGGCCCCGCUCGGGCUCCAGCGCGGACUCGGGGCCGGGAGAGGGCGCGGGCGCCGCAGCUCCGAGACGCGGCGGGAGCGCUGCCCCUGCCUUUCGGGAAUGGGCUGCAUCCAGCCGGCGUCUCCCCGCGCUUUUGCCGCCCAUCCCAUUUCCUGCUUUCGAUCUGACGAGGCGUCCCCGGGGCAGCGGCGGUCCCCGCUGGACCUUUCUGGCCCUUUUCCUUUCUAGAGUGGUCGGUUUCGUGGAGAUCGGGGCUCCCGGCCCCGCGGGCGCCGGCGCGGCGUCCGAGCCCCGGAGCUCGCGGGCGCUCGCGGGCGGGCGGCGUGGGGCUGGGCGGGGUCUGCGGGCGCGGCGCGGCGGGGAAGGGCGAGGAAGAGACGGGGCGGCGGGCCGGCGGCGGCGGCGGAGGAAGCAUCGAGGAGCGCCCGCGCCGCCCGGCCGCCUUCCGCGUGGUCCGGCGGCUCCCGACACCAUGGCCCUGGCUGAGGUAGUAGUUUGUGCUGUUGGUCGGGUUGUGACAUUGCCCGCUGUGGAGAUAACUGCGCAAGCUACUGCCUUGCUAGUGCUGGUGAUGCUCAGCGCCGCCGAGGAGGAGGACAAUGGCUGGGAAUUCCCUUUGUUUUGCGGGGCGCGGGGGCGCCGGGACGGCCCGCGGAGACCGUUAGCCUCGCGGCCUCGGGAGGAAGGGCUCGGGGUGGGGGCUGCGCGUGGGGAUUCGCUCUCGGAGGAAGCAGCGGAAUUGUCGAAGAUGCUGACACGGAUAACUUUCCCUCUCGACCGUGCUCUUUCAGCAGUUGAUGCGCGAUUUAGUCUCCCGUACCUGUUUGACUUCAUUCUUUAGUUGUAGGUGCGAGUGCGAUGAGCCCUCCUGGUGUGCAGAACUGGCUUUGGGGACAGAAGGAGUAGACCCCCGUAAUGGCAAAGUUUAUACCUUGAUGUCCUAGAUCUGAUUUUUUUUUGGUAUGCGCCCUCUUUUAAAAGAGUGCUUUUUUUUUUUUUAAUGUAGACCUAAAGCAAUUUAAAAUUUCUGUUUGACCUUUGCAAUUUCUUGAAUGAGAAUGUUGGAUUGAUGACUAAAUCUGUAAGAGGCAAACAAAUAAAUUAUUUUUACAGUG